GUGGAAGUAGGCUACGUUUUAUUAUUACAAAAAAUGACAUCUGGAGAAUAUACGAGUAUAUUCAAUCGUCGUCGUCGUCAUGAUCUCAUUGUUGACCCAGCACAGGAAUAUUUUUAUAAAAAUCAUGAAAUGCUGCUGGUAUCCAUUGCAGAAGCAUGCGAAGAUUAUCGUGCUUUUUCUUGCUAAGUCCAUUUCUGGUUUGACGCGACGAACAUAGUUCUAGUGGAUCUAUUCAUGUUUACCAUUUUGUAGUCCUCUUGGAGUAUGUCUGUUUUAUAGUAGAGUAUCCCUGGAUCCUGUUUUCGAACCCCAACCCACACCGCUGAUGACACUAAAAAGCUUUCUUUGUCUA